CAACUUAGGUCUAGUCUAUUGUAGGCUAUUUGGUAUUUUCAUUUUGUUAAUAAUGUUAAUCUCUUAAAAAAACCUGUAUGUUCGUUAACCUAUAAUCAUCAUCGUAAUAAUUUGCUCGUUCCGUUUCGUUUAAUAACAAAACGGAAAACAAAACACCAACACCAACCAUCCUGCGAAUUGUUAAUUGAGCACCAUUCUUUCAUUUAUGUGUAUUUGUAAUCAGUUAUGUAUACUCACUCACAGUUGAAAUAAUCAUUCCAGUUGUGAAGGGUAUGGUGUAUUUGUAGAAGAUAAUUGAUCUAAUACUUUUCGAUCAUGGACGAAGAUUAUGAAGAAGAGAAGGGUUGGGAAGGGGAUAUGGGAGAACUGGAAUCAGAUGGAGGAGAAGAUGGAAUGGAAAAUCCGCAGGAAGUGCUGAAAGAAUGCUUAGAAAAAUUCAGCACACCUGAUUAUAUUAUGGAACCAGGAAUAUUUUCCCAACUGAAAAAAUAUUUCCAGGCAGGAGGCAGUCCAGAGCAAGUAAUAGAGCUGUUGUCUGCAAACUAUAAAGCUGUAGCUCAAAUGGCUAACCUGGUGGCCGAAUGGCUCAUUUUGGGUGGAGUCAAGGUGACAGAAGUUCAAGCUAUGGUUGAAAACCAUCUCAAAGACAUGAUAUUGAAAACAUUUGAUCCUAAAAAGGCUGACACCAUCUUCACAGAAGAGGGAGAGACCCCUGCCUGGUUAACAGAAAUGAUAGAACAUCCCACAUGGCGUUCUCUCAUCUACCGUCUGGCCGAGGAAUACCCGGACUGUCUCAUGUUGAAUUUUACCAUCAAGCUGAUCUCAGAUGCAGGUUUCCAAGGGGAGAUCACCAGCAUCAGCACCGCAGCACAGCAGAUUGAGGUGUUCUCGCGAGUACUCAAGACAGCUAUUGCUGGCUUCCUCCAAUCAACCGAUGACUGGCAGUCAAGUAUCGAUGAGUGUGCCAAAAUGGUGUGUCAUGGACAACACACGUAUGUCUACAGCCUGGUGCUGCUGCAGGUUCUGUCCCGAGAGAACAAGGGAGGCUCAAACAUGAAGCGGCUUGCUCAGGAGAUUACCAGAUGUGCUCAGCUCAGCCGGCAUGACGUGACGCCCAUCACAAUGGCCCUGUCUGGGGCGGCAGCUCACCCUCAGGCCCAGCAGGCUCUCAUGUCCAUGUUGAGCCGAAACACUCUCAACCCUGCUGACAUUACUGUGUUGUAUCGCAACUACAGCGCUCCUGAACCCCCACCUCUGGACCUCAUAAGGAUACCUCAGUUCUUAGAAUUACUCGUGGAUUCACUUUUUAAACCUGGAACCAAGCUGAACCCAGAGCACAAAUCAAAAUACAUAUUCCUUCUGGCGUAUGGUGCGAGUGUGUUUGAAGCUAAUAAGAAGACGUUGAACAAAGAAGAGCUGAAGAUGACGAUGGGGGCGAUCGAGAAGGUUCACACAAUCUGCAGCACAAUCAAAGGCUCCUCAGAGCUGAUAGCAGAACUCAACACACUCUACCAUUGUAUUAGAUAUCCAGUAGUGUCAGUGGGCGUAGUACGCUGGGUGGAGUGUACUGUGACUGAGCCUAGCUACUUCAAGCUGUGUACAGAACAUACACCCAUACACCUGGCAGUUCUAGAUGAAGUAGUCACAUGUCAUCCACUGCUACAUCAUAGGGUUCUCCAACUCUUCAUCAAACUGUUUGAGUCAAAACAAGAUGAGCUGGAGAUUCUUGUUCAAUUGGAGAUGCGCAAAAUGUUGCUGGACCGCAUGGUAAACCUUCUCAGUAGAGGUUGUGUCAUGCCUGUGGUCAAGUAUAUCAAGCAGUGUUGGCAACGUGGGGACACUGACAUAUCUCUAAUUCGCUACUUUGUAACUGAGGUACUGGAAGCCAUUGCACCCCCCUACACACCAGAGUUUGUGCAGUUGUUCCUCCCUAUUGUAGAGAACGAAGAGAUCACAGGAACGAUGAGGGGCGAUGGAGACAAUGAUCCCGUAUCAGAGUUUAUUGUUUACUGCAAGGCCCAUUACAUGGUUGUACACUGAAAGAAUCAAGUUUCUUCAAUGUAGUAUUAAUUUAUACAAUUUUUCAGAGUGUAUUUUAUAAUUUUUGUACAUAUUUGACCCAAAUAUAUGUUUUUAAAUAA